GGCAGCUCUCCUCCUUCUUCCCUGUCCGCUCUUCUCACGCAGACCGACGCUGCUCAUAACAAAGGCAGGACAACAGCAGUGGGGUGAUGGGAGCUUAGACAACGACCCUGACAGGGCAGCACUCAUGAACUGAAGACAUUUUUCCUAUUUUGCCCUCUUUAAAAAAAGAAGAAAAAAAAACUUUCCUCCUUCUUAUAAAACCCUUAUUAUUAUUUUUUUCCUCGGGAGAACAUACGUGGAAAGUAUAAAGCGGAACGUAAAUGAGAGCCGGACCACAUCUAAAAAUAUAUACAUAGUCCGCACAACACCGAAAAGGAUGGAAGGCUGACACUUCAGAGCUGUCCUCUGAUUAUUGGGGACUAAGAGGGGAAAAAAAACAUUUUUAAAAGCAGCUGCCAUGUCUGAUCAGGAACGCUCGGGGUCUCCUUCACCCCUCAAGCGUGAGACCAAGUCCAAACCCGAGAUCCCACCAAAGCCUCCAUCCACGUCUUCUCCCGCAGACAGCAGCUCCAUCUCUGACUUUUCUGGAGGAAAGGUGAAGAAUAUUGUAAAUAGACUGAGUAAGCAAGAGCUCAAUGGACUCUGUGGGCAGCUGGUUAAUGGAUCUGCGGACAUCACACCGGAUAAAGAAACUAAGAGACCUCCAAGGACAAAGCCCAAACCAGAACGGAGCAGCAUCCAGCUCCUGGCGAGCGUAGAGCAGACGCCACCGCUGCCCCUGAAGAGGAGCGUCUUCGCCAGGAAGCAGAAGGAGAACCAGGAAGGAGAGGAGGCGGACGACACAGAUGGAGGUCGACCAGCGCCCGAUGGAAAGGAGGUGGAGGCCCUGACUGGAGGAGAUGAAGUGGAGGCGGAGCAGGGUCAGCGCUCCACCCCCCGUACCCGCUGCGAGGCGGACUGCAGCUGCAUUUGCCACCUGCAGAGGCCCGGCAUGAUGCUGAUGUGGGUGCCUGUGGUUGGGGAGGAGGAGGAGGAGGAUGAAGGCUGCAGAGUGAAGGACGCCAAGGAGAAGCAGGCGGGUGGGGUCAGGGAAGAAAAGCAGACGGACAGGGAGGUGGAGUGCAGGACUUCUGAGGUCGACGGGGGUGUGAAGCAGGAGAAAGCUCAAUUCCAGCGCUCUUUAAACGCUUUGCUCGCCGAGGCCCCCAGAAGGCAGUCAGACUCGGGUUCCCCCGCAGUUCAUCCGGAUCCUCCUCCACCGGAGCCCGCCGAAGUGGAAGAAGAUGAUAUUUAUGAGUUCACGCUCCCCGUGUUCCACCCCGCCCCCAAAAAGCCAGAGAAACUCAUCGUCCCGGACAUAAAAGUGCGCACGGCGGUUCGCCAGAACAGACUGCCUUGCAGCACCUUGAGGGACGCAGCCGACGCCGAGAACCCGGACGUUCCGCCUGACAUCCCCCCCAGGAUCCCCAUCCCAUUGCCACCCAUCCCCGCCGUGGCAAUCGACAGAUGUAACUCCCUCACCAACAUCCCUGGCGCCACAGGGCUGAGCCCACAGCGGGGCGCCGCCCUGGCUGGGAGUAACACCCUGCAGCCCGUCAGAGCAGCCCCUCCGCCUCCCAGGACAGACGACAGGCGGCACAGCUCCGCCUCACUACCCCCCCACUCACUGAACAAAGAAGAGGAGAACAAAGGGAACGAGGAAGCAGAGCUGCCUGUGACCAGAAGAGACUCCAUCAAAAAGAAGAUUUCCUCCCUCUGGGAGUCCCGCCUCCAACACGAGCCUCUGUACCAGACGUACCGCGCCUCCGUCAUCACUAAGGAGAUCCGUCGGCAGACCGUGUGCCGGAACAUCAGCAAAACCAGCGCCGACUACGACUGGGCCGCCCGCCCCAGCUCCAACGGAGGGGGACCCCGAAGCAGCCCCAUCCCCGCAGACAAGAGCACGCUGUGGCAGGAUCUCCCCCAGGUUCGGGAGAGCGGCGUGCUGGAGACGCUCACGCCUGAACAGUGCAAGUACCAGGAGAGCAUGUUUGAAGUCCUGACCUCAGAGACCUCCUACCUGCGAUCCCUGCACGUUCUGACUGAGCACUUCCUGGAGAACCGAGAGCUGGGGGAGGCGCUGAUCAUCAGGGACACCAAAACGCUCUUCUCCAACAUCCUGCGGGUGCGCGAGGUCAGCGAGAGGUUCCUAAAGGACCUGGAGGACCGCGUGUUUCAGGACAUCGUCUUCCCUGACAUUUGUGACAUCAUCCACUACCACUCUCAGCACAACUUCCCUGCCUACAUCGACUACGUGCGCAACCAGAUUUAUCAGGAGAAGACGUACGCCGUGCUCAUGAAGACCAACGCUCAGUUUGCAGCGGUCAUAGCUCGCCUGCAGGAAUCGCCGCAGUGCCAGCGCCUGCCCUUCGUGUCCUUCUUGCUGCUGCCUUUCCAGCGAAUAACCCGCAUCAAAAUGCUCAUCGAGAACAUCCUGAAGAGGACGAAAGAGGGGACAAAGGAGGAGCAGUCGGCCUCCAAGGCUCUGGAGUCUGUCUCCAAGAUCAUCAGCGAGUGCAACACCGAGGUGGGAAAAAUGAGGCAGAUGGAGGAGCUGAUUGAAGUUUCCAAAACACUUGAGUUCGAUAAGCUAAAGGCGGUCCCGAUCAUCUCCCAGAACCGAUAUCUGGAGAAGAGAGGAGAUCUCCAGGAAAUGUCCAAAGGAGCAACGCUCUUCAACGUGCGGGGAAAGUUCAGCCCCGUCCAUUUCUUCCUCUUCAACGAUCUGCUGGUGAUCGCCGUCAAGAAAGGCUCGGAGCGCUUCGUGGUCAUCGACCACGCGCACCGCUCCCUGGUGCAGGCGCAGAUCAUGGAGGAAGGGGGCAGCAGCGGGCUUCCCUUUGAGAACUGCUUCGUCCUGACGCUGCUGGAAAACCACCAGGGACGCAUGAAUGAGCGCCUCAUCAAAGCCCCCUCCCAGUCGGACAUGCACAGGUGGCUGGCAGCUUUCCCCAGCUCCACCACCGCCGACGGCGAUGAAGACGAGGUGGUUUACGAGGACUGGGAUUGUCCUCAGGUUCAGUGUGUGGAGCAGUACGUCGCCCAGCAGGCGGACGAGCUCUCCCUGGAGCCCGCCGAGAUCAUUAACGUCAUCCGCAAAGCCAACGAGGGCUGGUACGAGGGCAAGCGCCUGUGCGACGGGCAGAAGGGCUGGUUCCCCAUCGCCAACGUCAUCGAGAUCACAAACGAGCACGUGAGGAGGAGAAACCUCCGCGAGCGCUAUAGGGUGAUCCAGGCCGCCAGGAUAGUCACCAACAAGCCCCGCCCCGUUCAGUAGAACCAAAACUGCCAAAAAAAUCAAGUCCUGAACACUUAUUUCCUCUGAUGGACAAACAAAGUGGCACAUUUCUGCGUUGAAGCAUUAGUUUUUCCCUAACAUGCAAAAUGUGGGCGGAGCCACUGUGCUGGCAAUGAACUUUCCUGCAGCUCCCCCUGCAGGUCGUGGUGUGGUAUUACUGCACAUGUACAAAAUGUAAAUGAAGCUCCUUCAACUCACUGGAUUAAAUAAAAAACUCUUGUUUUGUUAAA